AUGGAUCCCACGGUGGUGCUGGUGCUUUGUCUCUCCCUCUUGCUUCUCUUUUCAUUCUGGAAACAGAGCCAUGGGCGAGGGAACCUCCCGCCUGGUCCCACUCCUCUUCCAAUUCUUGGCAACAUCUUACAGAUAGAUUUUAAGGACAUAAGCAAAUCCCUAACCAAACUGUCAGAAGUCUAUGGCCCUGUGUUCACUGUGUAUUUGGGCAUGAAGCCCACUGUGGUGUUGCACGGUUAUGAAGCAGUAAAGGAAGCACUAAUUGACCUUGGAGAGGAGUUUUCUGGAAGAACGAUUUUGCCAGUGAUUCACAAAGUUAAUAAAGGAUUAGGAGUCAUUUUCAGCAAUGGAAAGACAUGGAAGCACACUCGGCGCUUCUCACUUGUGACCCUGCGGAAUUUUGGGAUGGGAAAGAGGAGCAUAGAGGAACGAGUUCAGGAGGAGGCCCGCUGCCUUGUGGAGGAGCUGAGGAAAACCAAUGCCUCACCCUGUGACCCCACCUUUAUCCUGGGUGCUGCUCCCUGCAAUGUGAUCUGCUCCGUGAUUUUCCAGAACCGUUUUGAUUAUAAAGACCAGCAAUUUCUUAACUUGAUGGGAAAAUUCAAUGAAAUUUUCAAGAAUGUUAAUUCCAAGAGCGUACAGGUGAGAUGA